AUGAAAUUCGUCGGCAUUUCUGUUAAAGAAUGUGUUGAUGAAUGUUCCAAACGAAGUUCGUGUCGAUCUGUGAUCUUCAGUUAUUCGCUGAAUCUGUGUGAAGUACACCUAGAGGAUGUAACACCCGACGAAAAUGCUGGCGUCGGUGGAUCUUGCAGUUUUAUUACAAGAAAUGAUAUGCAAAUGACAGAGGACGAAGCGGACAAUGGGAAGCCGGGCCAUGUCUGUAAUGCACCAGGACAAUGUCAGAAAGAAUGUGACACAUUUACAAUAGCAAACGGAAAGGUAUUCGGUAAUAGGAGAUAUAGAGGCGCAAAAGUUGCUUUCGUUUGUAAUCAAGGAUUCAUUGAAGAAAACGGGAGAACAAGCGCAAUAUGUCAGGAAAUCGGAGAAUGGAGCGAGAAACCAUUUUGUAAACCUAUAUUGUCAACAGCAUUUCCGGCCUUACCUAAUGAUAUAACAACAACAUCCCCUCCAAAAACAGUGACGUCACAUUCUGAAGCAUCAUUCUCUACACAUUCAACAAUAUGCAAUAACAAUAUCAGAUCUUGCAAAGUUAUCUCCUGGAAUAACAACAUAAUCUCCUGGAAUAACUACAUCAUCGCCUGGAACAACAUCAUCAUCUCCUGGAACAACGAUUCCUUGAACAACAGACUCCCAAUCAGUAAUAUAAAUACCACUUUCUGGAACGACAAACUCAUGUCUUGGAUCAACAAUAUCACCACCUGGAACAAUAGCCUCACUACUUGGAACCACAACAUCUCUUCCUGGACCAUUGCUUCACUUCCUAAGACAACAUCGUCCUUUGAUGAAACAACUAUUUCACUUCCUGAAACAUCACAUUCUGGAAUAUCAUCUGCAUCAACAACAUCACAGAAACAAAUAACAAUAUCAACUCCUGAAAGAACAUCUUCACCUCUUGGAACAAUAACCUCGCCACUAAAAACAAUCACCUCAACUUCUAAACCAACAUCUUCACGUCCUGGUAUAAUAACCUCCGCUUCAAAGACAACAUUUUCACCUACUAUCUUAAGAACAUCAACAUUAGGAACAAUAACACCAGCUUCAGAGAAAACAUUAUCAUCUACUGGAACAACAUUUCCUCCUGAAACAACAACCUCACCAUCUAAAACACCCACAUCAUUGUCGGGACCAACAGCCUUACAAUCUAAAUCAUCAGCCUCACCUCCAGAAACAAAUACAUUAGCUUCAGAGAAAAUAUCAUCAACUCCAAAAACAUCAACCUCGUCUCCAGGAACAAUAACACCAGUUUCAGAGAUGUUAUCUUCAUCAUCUGAAACAUCAACCUCAAAUCCGGGAAUAAUAACUUCAACUUUUGAAAAAACAUCGUCAUCUGCUGGAACAACAAUCUCACCUCCAGAAACAGUAACACAAACUCCUGAAACAGCAACAUUGCCUUAUCAUUCAACAACCCCGACGUCUAAAACAUCAACAUCUUUCCCUGAAACAGCAACCUCACCAUCUGAAUCGUCGAUAUCACCUCCAGGAACAAUAAUCCACUCUUCAACGAAAACUUCGUCAUCUUCUGGAACAACAACCUCACCUACAGUGACAAUGACCUCAGCAUCUGAAACAACAUCGUCAUCACCUAUAACAACAACAGCACAUCCUGAAGCAUCACUUGCAUCUCCUGAAACAAUAACAUCACUUAAACAAACAACAAUCUCAACAUUUGAAAGAACAUCUUCACGUCCAGGUUCAACGACCUCACCUUCUCAAACAUCAACAUCUCCACCUGAAACAACAACCUCACCAUCUAAAACAUCAACCUCAACGUCAGAAACGAUAACAUCAGCUUCAGAGAAAACAUCGUCAUCUUCCGGAAGAACAACAUCACCACUAAAAACAUCAACCUCACCUCCAGUGACAAUGACCUCAGCAUCUGAAACAACAUCGUCAUCACCUAAAACAACAACAGCACAUCCUGAAGCAUCACUUGCAUCUCCUGAAACAAUAACAUCACUUAAACAAACAACAAUCUCAACAUUUGAUAGAACAUCUUCACGUCCUGGUUCAACGACCUCACCUUCUCAAACAUCAACAUCUCCACCUGAAACAACAACCUCACCAUCUAAAACAUCAACCUCAACGUCAGAAACGAUAACAUCAGCUUCAGGGAAAACAUCGUCAUCUUCCGGAAGAACAACAUCACCACUAAAAACAUCAACCUCACCUCCAGAAACAAAUACAUAUGCUUUAGAAAAAACACCAACAACUCUGAAAACAUCAACCUCGUCUCCAGGAACAAUAACACCAUUAUCUUCAUCAACCUCAAGUUCAGGAAUAAUAACCUCAGCUUCUCAACAAGCAUCGUCAUCUGCUGGAACAACAAUCUCAUCUCCAGAAACAGUAACCCCAAUUCCUGAAACAGCAAUAUCGUCUUAUUAUAUAACAACCCCGACAUCUAAACCAUCAACAUCUCCUCCUGAAACAACAGCCUCACCAUCUAAAACAUCAACCACAUCGUCAGAAAUAAUGACAUCAGCUUCAGAGAUGCUAUCUUCAUCAUCUGAAACAUCAAGCUCAAGUCGAGAAAUCAUUACCUCAGCUUUUGAAAAAACAUUUUCAUCUGCUGGAACAACAAUCUCACCUCCAGAAACAGUAACACAAACUCCUGAAACAACAAAAUCGCCUUAUUAUACAACAACUCCGACGUCUGAAACAUCAGCAUCUUCCCCUGAAACAAUCUCAACAUCUAAAUCAUCGAUCUCACCUCCAGGAACAAAUAACUACUCUUCAGAGACAACUUGGUCAUCUUCUGGAACAACAAACUCACCUUCAAGAACAAUAACUCCAGUAUCUGAAACAACAAUAUCGCCGUCUCCUAAAACAGCACAUCUUGGAACAUCAUCACCUACACCCCUUGGAACAACAACAUCAACUAUCGAAACAAUUAUCUCAAUUAGUGAAACAAAACCUUCAUUUCCUGGAGCAGCAACCUCACCAUCAGAAAUAACAAUGUCUCCUUCUGGAACAAAAACAUCAUCUCCUGGAUCAACUUUAUCAUCCCCGAGUACAACAUCUCCUACACCAACAGCAUCGUGGAACAAAAAACUCAACUCCUGGAUCAUGAACAUAAUGUCUUGGAACAAUAACAUUAUCUCCUGGAUCGAAAAGAUCAUCUUGUGGCACAAAAACAUAAACUCCUGGGCCAACAUCACCUCCUUGAACAACGACCUCAACUACUUGAAAAACAACCUCAUCAACUGGAACAAAAACAUCAACGACUGGCAAAGCAAUCUGACUUCAUGGAACAACAACAUAAACGGUUGGAACAAAAACAUAAUCUCCUUGAACAAUAACCUUACCACCUGGAACAACAGAUUUCUAUAAUUGAACCAUGAACGUCUUGAA